CUGAUCUGUGUGAAGAGUCUGCAAGACAGGCUCGGGACUUGUGGCAGAAUAAACCAACAGCAAUCCACGUCAGCAGCCUCUCAGAGGUCACAUGGGGUCAAAAACAGGAAGUGCAACACUUACUCAGAAUUGAAUGUGAAAGUUCCAAGUAGGGGAGAGAGGACCAAGAUGGCUUCUGCAAACUUGGUCCAGGAUUUAACGUGUCCCAUUUGUCUGGAGGUGUUCACCGAUCCGGUCUCCCUCGAGUGUGGACAUCACUUCUGCGCAACGUGCAUCUCUCAGGUUUGGGAGAGGGUCUCGGGGGAUGUCUCCUGCCCUCAAUGCCGGCAGGUGUUCACCCAGAGGAACACCAGGCCUGCUCACAUCCUGAGCAACGUCGCGGAGCAGGUCAGGCAGCUGAGGGUGGGGGCGGCCGAGCAGAAGGAGGAGUUUGUCUGCCGGGAGCACGACGAGAAACUGAAACUGUUCUGUCAGGAGGAGCAGGCGAUGAUCUGCCUGGUGUGUGGCCUGUCUGCGCAGCACAAGAUGCACAAUGUUAUCCCGAUAAAGGAGGCAGCCCAGGCGAACAAGGAAAAGUUGGAAGAGUCACUGAAGCUUCUGCAAGAGCGAAUGAAUCAGGGUGUUCGGAGUCAGCAGGAAGGGGAGACUGUGAUCCGGCGGCUGAAGGACCAGGUUGAUGGACGGAGCUGUGAGAUCAGGGCUGAAUUUGAGAAGAUGCACCAGUUCCUGCGUGAGAGGCAACAGCAGAUGGAAGCGGAGCUGCAGAGAGAAGCGGACAAAAUCCUAACACAACUGGAAAACAACUUAAAGAGAACCGUCGAUGAAAUCUCUUCCCUUGAAGUAGUGAUGCAAGAUGUAAAAGUGAGAUUGGGAAUUCAAGAUCCUCAAGGGCUCCUCAAGGAUAUUCAAGCCCUUUUGAAAAGGUGUGAGUUGCUGGUUUCCAGUCCUGGAGUGGUGUCUGUCGAUCUUCCUGAGGAUGUGGCUGAAGGGAGGUUGAGGUAUCUCAAAGUGUGGAAGGAAAUGAGAGCCGUGGUCUCCCCAGUGCCAGAGCGGCUGACGCUGGACCCAGAUACAGCUCAGAAUAAUCUCGUCCUCUCUCAAGAUCUGAUGAGUGUGAAGUACACGACUAUUGAACAAAAUCUUCAGGAUCACCCGAAAAGAUUUGUAACAAAAUUAAAUGUUUUGAGUUCACAAGGUUUUACAUGUGGGAGGCACUACUGGGAGGUGUAUGUUGGAUAUAAGACUGAGUGGGUUGUGGGUGUCUGCAGAGAGUCUGUAGACAGGGAUGGACUGCACACCUCCACACCGGCAGAGGGAUAUUGGGUCAUUUAUGUAUUUUCUAAUUCAGUGAAGAUACCAAAUGUCAUCUCCCAUCUGGAAAUAAAUCUUCGAAAACUGGGGGUUUACCUGGAUUACGAGCAGGGCCAAGUGUCAUUUUACAAUGCUGACGACAUGUGUCACAUCCACACUUACACAGACAGUUUCACUGAGAAACUUUUUCUUAUCUUAAAUCCAUGUGAUUACGAAACAGAUGACAACACUGAACCACUCACACUGCUCACCACUUAACACAGUGGGACACGUUCUCCGAGGUCUCAGACUUCUCUGGACCCACUGAGCAGAUCUCACUGCACCGAUUCUCUGAAAUACAACCAGAAAAAGCCAAAGCACUCAGCAGUGGGGGAAACGUAGUUAAUGUUUCAGUUCCAGACCAGCAUGCGAAAACUGAUUCUCUGCCAUUGCUACUGACAGGUGAGGCUGUUUAUAUUGACGGCUAAUCUGUAAAUUUGACUCAGUGUCUCCUUCCCAGCUCUCUCUCACACUCUCUCCUACUGCAGUCCACGCUCACAUUGUGUUGGAAUAAAAUGAAGUGAACUGUUCUCUGGAAUUGUGAUAUCUUCAUCUCACAAUCAGUGUGAAUAUGUGCAGAUAUUCUCUGUGUAAUAAACAAUUGACCUGCAGAGUGAACUGACAGUGUGUCUGAGCUGGUUAUGUUGGGGAAACAGUGAAUGGAAUGGGAACAAAAUGGGAGAUGGAGGUUCGGGCCCAGCGGUGGAGGGAGAACAGGGAAGCUGUGCUUCUCAUCUAUGACAGAACUGGGCUGCAAUCUCCCCAGAAGCAGAGAGGCAACAGCUUUCCUGUCCUGACUCCAGCACUAAGCACGAACCUCCAUCUCCCAUUUUGAUCAUCUACUUCUCUCCAUGUAAUCUGUGAAAGGCAGAGGCUGAUCGAAUUAAAGAGUGCUCUUUAAAGCCCAGAGAAGCCAAGGUGUGUCAGGUCAGUUGAUUGGGGUUUGAUGAUAGACGUUGCCUACUUGAGGCAGUACCUCACGUAAAUACUACCAGUGUCGGGGAGGGGAGUAAUGCAUUGGGCAGAGUCUGCUACUCUGCAGCUUCUUACAUUCCUGAAUGUUCGAAUAGCUGUGUCAGACCAUAAUGCAACCACAGGAUACUGUCAACAGGAUAUUUGUAGAUGUUUGUUAAAAUGUUUGGCGACAGUCUGACCCUCCUAAUAAAGUAAAGUCACUGACUCACCUUCCUUGUGAUUGGAUUCAUGUGCAGAGCCUAGGGUAAGUCAUUUCGUAUGUUACUGCCGAGGAACACCACUUCAGUGUUCUGCCUUGCUGUAUAUUUCCCCACCAAAGAGGACACCUUUCCAUUAUCACUUCUAUUGGAUCAUUUUCUCAUUCUCAGUUGAAUUAUUCACCCCAACCCUGCCCCAUUGUACCCAAAUAUUCACCAAGAUUUGUUUUGCAGUCUAUGUUUCUAAU